AUGGGCCGAAUUGGACCGGGCGGCUUUCUCUCUUCUUUCCUGCUGUUCUGGGGACGACGCAAAGCGAAGCGUUUGAAUGGUGGCGACCCCAUGGCCACCACCGCCGCCGCCUCCUCCUCCGGCAGCGGCGGCUGCCUCCUACAUGGAGGUCACGCAGGCUUUUGCGGAAGCGCUGCGCUCGUGCAGUGCACGCGGCGUGCUCUCCGGCGCCCGCGCGCUGCACGGCCGCCUCGUCGCCGUGGGCCUCGCGUCCGCUGUCUUCCUCCAGAACACGCUCCUCCACGCCUACCUAUCCUGCGGAGCCCUCCCCGACGCCCGACGCCUGCUGCUGGCGGACAUCGCAAGCCCCAACGUCAUCACACACAACGUCAUGCUCAAUGGGUACGCCAAGCUCGGGCGCCUGAGCGAUGCCGUGGAGCUGUUCGAUAGAAUGCCCGCCAAAGAUGUGGCCUCGUGGAACACGCUCAUGUCCGGAUACUUUCAGAGCCGGCACUACUUGGAUGCUCUCGAAACCUUUCAGUCCAUGCACCAAAGCGGGGAUUCGUCGCCAAAUGCAUUCACAUUCAGUUGUGCCAUGAAGUCUUGUGGUGCCCUUGGAUGGCACGGUUUGGCACUGCAGCUUCUUGGGAUGGUUCAGAAGUUCGAUUCCCAGUAUGACAGUGAAGUAGCAGCUUCCCUUGUGGACAUGUUUGUGAGAUGCGGAGCUGUGGAUUUAGCUUCAAGGUUGUCUGUUUGCGUAGAAAACCCCACUAUUUUCUGCCGGAACAGUAUGCUGGUGGGGUAUGCCAAGACAUAUGGUGUUGACUGUGCUCUCGAGCUUUUUGAUAGCAUGCCUGAACGAGAUGUUGUUUCAUGGAACAUGAUGGUGUCAGCAUUAUCUCAGAGUGGACGAGUCAGAGAAGCCCUUGAUAUGGUUGUAGAGAUGUACAGCAAAGGCGUGCGUCUUGAUUCAACAACGUACACUAGUUCUCUUACUGCAUGUGCCAGAUUGUCUUCUUUGGGAUGGGGUAAACAGCUCCAUGCUCAGGUGAUUCGGAACCUACCCCGCAUUGAUCCAUAUGUUGCUAGUGCUCUUGUUGAGCUAUAUGCAAAAAGUGGCUGUUUCAAGGAAGCUAAGGCGGUGUUCAACUCUUUACGUGAUCGUAAUAGCGUGGCAUGGACAGUUCUCGUAUCUGGAUUCUUGCAGUAUGGAUGUUUCACUGAAUCUGUUGAGUUGUUCAACCAGAUGAGAGCUGAGUUGAUGACACUUGAUCAAUUUGCAUUGGCAACUCUUAUAAGUGGCUGCUGCAGCAGGAUGGAUUUGUGCCUCGGGAGGCAACUGCAUUCACUUUGUCUGAAAAGUGGGCAGAUCCAAGCUGUUGUCGUCUCCAAUUCUCUGAUCUCUAUGUAUGCAAAGUGUGGUAAUCUCCAAAGUGCUGAACUUAUAUUCAGAUUUAUGAAUGAGAGGGACAUUGUAUCAUGGACAAGCAUGAUUACUGCAUAUUCUCAAGUAGGGAACAUCACGAAAGCUCGCCAGUUCUUUGAUGGCAUGUCCACAAAAAAUGUAAUUACAUGGAAUGCUAUGUUGGGCGCAUAUAUACAACAUGGAGCUGAGGAAGAUGGCCUCAAGAUGUAUAGUGCUAUGCUAAGUGAGAAGGAUCUCAGACCUGACUGGGUUACCUAUGUCACAUUGUUCAAAGGCUGUGCAGAUUUAGGUGCAAGUAAACUUGGAGAUCAGAUAAUUGGUGGCACUGUAAAGGUUGGUCUCUUCUUAGACACAUAUGUUGCGAAUGCAGUUAUUACAAUGUAUUCCAAGUGCGGAAGGAUAUUAGAAGCUCGAAAAGUAUUCGACUUCCUGAAUGGGAAGGAUCUUGUAUCUUGGAAUGCCAUGAUCACUGGUUAUUCACAGCAUGGCAUGGGAAAGCAAGCCAUUGAGAUUUUUGACGACAUGCUGAAAAGAGGUGCAAAGCCAGACUACAUAAGCUAUGUUGCAGUUCUGUCAGGCUGUAGCCACUCUGGACUCGUGCAGGAGAGUAAAUCUUAUUUUGAUAUGAUGAAGAGGGUCCAUAACAUAUCACCUGGACUGGAACACUUCUCAUGCAUGGUAGAUCUACUUGGACGCUCAGGGCACCUGACAGAAGCCAAAGAUCUCAUUGACAAGAUGCCCAUGAAACCAACCGCUGAGGUUUGGGGAGCUCUUCUUAGCGCCUGCAAGAUACAUGGGAACAAUGAGCUCGCUGAACUUGCAGCGAAGCACUUGUUUGAGCUGGACUCACCUGAUUCUGGGAGCUACAUGCUUAUGGCCAAGAUCUAUGCCGAUGCUGGGAAAUCAGAUGAUUCCGCACAGGUCAGGAAGCUGAUGAGGGACAAGGGGAUCAAGAAGAACCCGGGUUACAGCUGGAUGGAGGUUGACAACAAGGUCCACGUCUUCAAAGCAGAUGAUGUGAGCCAUCCACAGGUGAUUGCGAUCAGGAACAAGUUGGAUAAGCUCAUGGAGAAGAUUGUGGCCCUAGGGUACGUGAGGACCGAGUCCCCGCGCUCAGAGAUUCACCACAGCGAGAAGCUGGCUGUGGCAUUUGGGAUCAUGAGCUUGCCCGACUGGAUGCCGAUCCACAUUAUGAAGAACCUGCGGAUUUGUGGUGACUGCCACACAGUGAUCAAGUUGAUAUCGUCCGUUACCGGCCGGGAGUUUGUGAUUCGGGAUGCCGUUCGAUUCCACCACUUCAAAGAUGGUUCCUGCUCUUGCAGGGACUACUGGUGAGCGGUGACCGAUGACAACUGAUUCGUGCGUAGUUCUUUUUUUAGCCCAGCAUAUUGGUUGAAGAGAGCGAUAAUAGAAUAUCAAAAGAUUUCCUUGCCAUUUCUGUUCCACGAUAGAAUCGUCCAGCCUAAACAGUGAAUUAGAUUAGUAACAAAAGGUGUCCCGUGAAAAAUAACAGUGCGUCGUCAACCCUGAACAGUGGAUUAGAUAAAGGCAGACAACAUGAAAAUAGUGCGUUCAGUACAGGUUCGUCCAAUCCAAGUGGAACAACGUAUGAAAUUGUGAUAUGGAAUACAGCGUGGAUCCAAGCAUUGAUGUCAUCAAUAAAGGGAGACAUGCAUAGAGCAUGGUGAGCCAGUUCUCUGCACAUUACUAACGUUUGGCAAAGUCAAGGGGCAGCAGCACAAGAGAUCAUUCACAUGGACAUGUUAUGCAUUUCAUGGAAUCAAUCACAAGAGUUGAAUCGGAAUUCCCAGAAAAACACAUCCACACAGAUAACUAACAACAUUUUGAAAAAUUGCAGAAGGCUUCGGAGGGCAGCAAGACAAGAAGAAGCUAAGCCACAAGCUGUACAUCGUGUUAAGUCUCUAGAAUGCACCAGGUGCGUCCCUCAUGCUGAUAUUCAGGCUGUUCCUCAUUGUUCUUCGACCGACUCCCAUAUUGCCCUUGGUCAUCAUGGCAACAAACUCUCCAUAGUCAAUGCGGCCAUCCUGGAAAAAUAGAACGAGGUUAGACUACCAUGUCAACGACAUUAACUUUUGUAGCCCUCAAAGAAAUGCCAUUAACUUGUGUAUUGUUACUAACAGAACCAUCAAGCAUUGAUUAAUGAAGCAUCAAAUAAAUGCGUCUGUCUUUAUUGGCGA